AUGGUGCCCAAUCUCGCCCCUCCGUUCCCAUUCUCCCGCCUCUUUCCCUGUCCCGAAUCCGGUCCCCAAUGUUCCCCCUCCCCUUCCCGCCUGUGGCGCGCGGCACCAGUUCGUGGUGAAGAAGGCAAGCGAGCUCGGCGCGGCGGAGCUGUGGAUGAACGAGCGCCUUACUUGCACAUGCCUUCAAACCCAUGCUCCCUCCUGUCUCCCUUCAUCCUCCCCACCUUCCCCCCACCUCCUCCCCCCCUUUCUCCCCACCUCCUUCCCCCCCUUCCCCCCACCUCCCCCCCCCCUUCCCCCCACCUCCCCCCCCCCCCUUCCCCCCACCUCCCCCCCCCUUCCCCCCACGCCCCCCCCCUUCCCCCCACCUCCUCCCCCCCUUUUCCCCCACACCAGUUCGUGGUGAAGAAGGCGAGCGAGUUCGGCGCGGCGGAGCUGUGGAUGAACGAGCGCGUCAGGCGCGCAUGCCCGCAGGCGUGCGCCGUCUUCGUUGACGGCUUUGUGGAGAAGACCAAGACGCGCGACAACUUCUGGAUCGUGUGGCGCUUUGAGGGCAACGCCACCUUCGCUGACGUGUUGCAGGAUGACAACUUCCCCUACAAUGUAGAGAAGGCAGUGCUGGGGUACGUGCCUCGUGAGCCCAAGGGGCCUGAGCGGGAGAUGCGGGUGAUCCGCACCAUCCUAAAGCGCAUCCUGAAGAGUGUGGACAAGCUGCACUCCGUGGGCAUCGUGCACCGUGACAUCAAGCCACAGAACAUGAUCUUCAACUCCGACACGGGCGAGCUGAAGAUCAUCGACUUGGGCGCUGCUGCUGACCUGCGAGUGGGGAUCAACUACAACCCCAACGAGUUCCUGCUGGACCCGCGCUACGCAGCACCAGAGCAAUACAUUAUGAGCACUCAGACGCCCAACGCGCCUCCCCCCACCAUCGCUGCUCUGCUCUCGCCAGUGCUGUGGCAGAUGAACCUCCCUGACCGCUUCGACAUGUACAGUGUGGGAAUCAUCUUCCUUCAAAUGGUCUUCCCCAACCUCCGCACGGACAGCCCACUCAUCCAGUUCAACCGCCAGCUGAAGCGCUGCGAGUACGAUCUCGCCAAGUGGCGCGAGGUGCAGGAAGGCCGCGCCCUCAGCGACGCGCAGCUCAAAGCCUUCGCCAUGCUCGACGCAGACGGCGGCCACGGCUGGUCCCUCCUGCAAGCCCUCGUCAACGUGAAGCCCGGGCGGCGGAUUUCGGCAGCGGGAGCGAUCGCGCACCCGUUUUUCUACCCUGGGGGUGUUCCGCUGCUGCAGCAGCUGCGGCUGGGGUUUGUGCGGUUCCUGUACCGGGACAACACAGAGUUGUCAGAGGCGUUUGGCACGUUCAUGUCCAAGGGGGGUACGGAUGAGGCGGGCGGGUUCACGGAAGCGUCCCUGAUGGAGUUCAAGAAGCGGGAGAAGAAGAUGAAGAAGUCAUCUCUGGACCGCAACGCCCUGGCCUCCAUGAUCAAGGCGUCACGGAAGGUGUCUAAAAACGUUGCAUCCUCCGUGUCCACCACGUUCGGCAGCUCUAAGGAGGAUGGCGCCAAAAAGGAAGCCUGGUGGAACCGGUGGCAAUCAGAAUAG